CCCUGGAAAACUCGUGAGCAUUCUCCCUGCCCUGCUGAGGCUGUCUGGGUCAGUCCCAGACUUUCCAAGCUCUUUUGUAUCUCUCUGGAAAGAGCAACAUGGCUGGUGAGUAUAAGCUCCUGCUUGAAGGCGCCCAACAGCUGGUGCUUGUCUGCACCAAAGGUGAGAAAUACCUCCUGGAAGCUGGCAUGCAACAUCUGGCCGUGCUGGAAAACGGCAGCGUGGUGAUUGGCAAAGAUGGUUGUAUAAAGGCUGUGGGCGACUCAAGAGCCAUUCGCAAGCAAUUUUCAGGAGCAUCUUUUGAAAAAAUCAUUGAUUGUUCAGGGAAAUGCAUCUUACCAGGUCUGGUAGAUGCACACACACAUCCUGUAUGGGCUGGUGACAGAGUCCAUGAGUUUGCGAUGAAGUUGGCAGGAGCUUCCUAUAUGGAUAUUCAUCAAGCAGGAGGAGGGAUACAUUUCACCGUGGAGCACACUCGGAAUGCCUUAGAAGAUGAGCUCUUCAGCAGCUUCAGACACCGGCUGCUACGCAUGCUCAGAGCAGGCUCCACUUUGGUCGAAUGCAAAAGUGGAUAUGGGUUAAACCUGGAAACGGAAGUUAAGAUGCUGAGAGUGAUUGAACGGGCUCGGCAGGAAUUGGACAUAGGCAUUUCCUCUACUUACUGCGGAGCUCAUUCUGUUCCUAAGGGGAAAAGUGCUAUUGAAGCCACAGAUGACAUUGUUAGCGUCCACCUUCCUAAACUGAAGCAACUGGAGCUUAAUGGUGAAAUUCAUAUUGACAAUAUAGAUGUUUUCUGUGAGAAGGGAGUCUUUGAUCUGCCUUCGACCCGAAGAAUUCUUCAGGCUGGGAAAGAUUUAGGGUUACAGAUCAACUUCCAUGGGGAUGAACUGCAUCCAAUGAAAAGCGCUGAGCUUGGAGCUGAACUAGGAGCUCAGGCUGUCAGUCAUCUAGAAGAAAUCAGCGAUGAAGGUAUUGCUGCAAUGGCCCAGGCAAAGUGUGCAGCUGUCCUGUUACCAACCACUGCCUAUAUACUGAGAUUAAAGCAGCCUCAAGCUAGAAAAAUGUUAAAAGAAGGAGUGAUUGUUGCUCUUGGCAGUGAUUUUAACCCAAAUGCUUAUUGCUGUUCCAUGCUCAUGGUUAUGCACCUGGCCUGUGUAAACAUGAAGUUGUCCAUGAAAGAGGCUUUAGCUGCUGCCACCAUCAAUGCGGCUUUUGCUCUUGGGAAAUCGCACAUGCAUGGCUCCAUAGAAACUGGCAAGCAAGGAGACCUCAUUAUCAUCAACUCACCAAGAUGGGAACACUUGAUUUACCAGUUUGGCGGCCAUCAAGAACUGAUUGAAUACGUAAUUGUUAAAGGAAAAGUUGUUUAUCAAAACGACAGUGUUCUGGGCUACUGAGGAAUUCCAGAAAGAAGAAAUACAGCAGUUGCCAGACUCCCUGAAGCAAACACGGGAUGAUAAUCAGCAGGGUCUCACAUCUAUAAGAUCAUACUUCCUUACUGGUCAAAGCUCAAUAAUUUCACCGGUUUUUAUUUUAGUUCUUUCUUUGUAUUUGCAUGAGGAACACUAGGCCAUAUUCAUCUGCCUGGUAGUUUCAUGGCACACUAGAAAAUAAACCUACAUGUAUGCAAACAA